UUGUUAAACUUUUCUGCAUGAAUGCCCAGUAAUUCUUGAGUUCCCGUUCAGUUUAAACGUCAAAGUGUCGAUAAAACCAACGGAAAUGGCAACUACACCGGUGAGGUGCAUCCUCGUCAUAUUUUUUACUGUCGUUUGCUGCAACUGCCGAUUGGACAACCCCGGCGGUUCUUCUUCUUGGGCGAAACUGCAAAUCUCACCGGACACGCUAAGUUCUAUGGAGUACGGCAACUUUCUCGUUGAAAUUUACGAACACGCCAAUAAUCACAAGGCAACGACGACAUCCAGCGAGAAAAAAUAUUUCUACUCCCCCAUUGCGCUGCUGGACAACAAAAGUGCCAUUAGUAGAUUGAACAGAGUGACGAAACAGCCAGAGAUGAGAUUUCGUGUGGAAAUGUGGAACGACAAAGUCCAGAAUGAAGUUGUGAAAUAUUUGAAUGACAUCGUCGGUCAUCAUAUCAAAUCUAAUCAAGUGAGAGUCAUUCCCUUGGAGAAGGUCAUUCUCACCAGUAACACACCCGCAACAGAUUAUACGCUAUCGCCAGUUUGGACGAACUAUGACAAGAGCAAAACUCUGAGACUUUCUCUGUCGUGUUCUGAGCAGAAAAUCUGCGACGAACUCGCUAAUGAAAUGCGAUCCGACCCCGAACAAUUUGACCAUUUCAAACUUCUGUACAGUUUGUCAUCGCAGACGUCGCAAACUAAACAGACGACCAUCCGCAUCGACAGCGUCACUUCCGGUCAAAUGGUCUCGACUCUUUUACAGAAAUUUGAAGACAAAAAAGAAAUUUUUCUGACGGCCAACGACGAGAAGAAAAUGCUGACGGAAACGGCCACCAACAUCCGAAUGGACACAUUUGACGACUACGAGGUCGGGUCGCCUGAUACAGAAUCUCAAAUUUCAAAUGUUUUAAAAGAUUUGCUGGUCACAUCCAGGACGACCAUCAAAGACCAAGGCGACAAAAUGUGGGACUCUGUUUUCUGGAAUGACGACAAUUAUCGACCGGAGAAGACGACGAAAACUUUAAAUGAAAUCAUUAAAAAACUGGACAAGGAAACCCAAAAGAAAUUGGCGGACAUGUUUCAAAAAUCGGAGAAACAAGCGGAAAUAAGAGAAAAAUUAACUUCGAGUAAUAAAGACGCGGAGAAAAGACGAGAGGAACAAAUUCGUCGCGAAAAUCAAUCGAAAGAUGCAAAUGAAAAGGAAAUGAGAAGAUCACAAGCAACUGAUCAAGAACAAUCUAGUCGCAAUCAAACUCGCGAUGACAAAUCGACAACCAGCAGAGAUGACACUGAUAUCACCGUCGAUGGCGUCGGCUCUGAUGACGGCGUUAAAAUUGCGACCAAUAAUAGUCACACGCACAAUACCGAUCAGCAAAACGAGAGGAAGGAAAAUGCAAAGAAAAAUUCAGAUGAAUAUGACAGAAAAAUGGACAACAAAGAAAGAAUCCAACAUAAUUACGACUCAAACAGUUGGGCUGACGUGGACAGAAUCAGUUCAACAAUUUCAGGGAAAAUGGCAAACGAUUCCGAUAGUUCACGGCGAGUCGAAAUUGUAAAGGAAGACGUUGAAAAAUUAUUACAAGAAAGUAGAAAUCACGUCCAAUGGGACGGAGAGAAAUGCGUGCCCAAACCGAUGCAACUGAGCAGAAUCAAUUUGGGCAAAUUUCGUGACUCUCAAUCGUUUCAAGAUCGCAACGUUCGUGUCCGUUACACGACCGCUGAAUUAUCGGCGCCACUCAAAUUUGUAGAACACGCAGAAUUGACUGUCACCGACGAAUGGAACAAUUUAAAGGAGGAACUUAAAGCCACUACUGAACUCUUAAAUACAACUGUGAACAACUUGGUGAAGACAAAUACCGAACUGAGGAAUGCGAAGAACGAUUUAACUAUUACAAAUAAUAAAUUAGAAGGGACUAAAAAGGAGUUAGAGAAAACGAAGACCAACGUCAAUAAUUUGUCUUCCCAAUUAAAUGAGACUAAAAAGGAGUUGGUGAAAACGAGGGCUGAUUUAACCAAAAACCUCGAUGGUUUAUCAUCAAAAUUAAAGGCGACUGAAAAAGAAUUGGCAGAGACAAAAAUAACGGCCGGGAAUAUAUCAACUGAACUCAAAAUGAAUUCAAACCAAGCACGUCAAGAUCUAAAAGUCACUGAAGAAAAAUUUAAAAGAGAUUUGAGAGCAACCUCAAAUGAUUUGGAAACUGCAAAAAAAAAUUUGGCCUCAACGAGAACUGAAUUGAACAGCACAAAGUCGGCCGUUUCGCAUUUGGCGACCGAAAUAAAAGCGAAUUCGCAACGAUUUAGUUACGAACUAAUAACAGCCGAAGACAAUCUGAGAAAAUUACUUGGAGCAACUUCAACUGAUUUGGAAACUGCAAUAACAAAUUUGGCCUCAACGAGAACUGAAUUGAGCGGCACCAAGUCGGCCGUUGCGGAUUUGACAACCAAAUUAAAUGAGCGAACGAGUGAAAUAGUCGACAUUGGUAAAAUGCCAACCUCCUGUUGGGAUCUGGAGCGAACGGGACACAAACUGAGCGGAUUCUUUUCUGUCAAAGGAUCGAAGAAGAUAGAAAUGAUUUACUGUGACUUUUAUCCUAAUCAAAAUGACAAGCAAAAAUGGAUCGGAUACGCCGACGUCAAAUCGGCGCCCGUCCAUUUCUACGUCCAGAGAAAUUCUAAUUUUGGCACCAAAGACACUCCGAUCCCGUUCCAAAUUGCGUUGGUGAACGAGGGAAACGCCAUGAAUUUGACAUCGGGGAAAUUCACGGCACCGCGACCGGGAAUUUAUUUUUUCUCUUUUGCGGGGUCGGGGUAUUUUUCUUCUUCAUCUUGGGCUCAUUUUCGUUCUUAUCUUUAUUUGAACGGGAAUCCAAUCGGGUCGAUUACUGUUGACGAGAGAAACGUCCCCGUUAAUCAAUGGAGUCCGUUGACCCUCCAGUCGACGCUGAACUUGAAAAAAGGCGAUCAACUUUGGAUGCAGAUUUCUUAUUCUUCUUCAUCCUCGUUUUUGCAUGACGACAUUAACCACUAUACCCAUUUCUCGGGUUUCAUGCUGGAGGAGGAAAUUGCGGCGACCCUUUAGAGGUUUUGGGUUCAACAUCCGCGCAAAACGUCAACACGAAAAUUUGGGGAAGGGAAUUUUAAGGGGGAAGGGAAGAUAAUUUGUUCGAUUCUUAUUCGUUGGGCAUUUGUUUUCUCCAAAACAA